AUGGGAUCAUCAGCUAAUAUCCCUGUUGUUGAGCUUCUUGCUCUGCUUAUUCUACUUCAAAGCUUUUUAUUCUGCUGCAGUGGAACUAAUUUCCAUGGAAGCUGUAUCAAUAUUGAAAGAGAAGCUCUUCUCAGGUUCAAGUCAAGCCUGGCCAACAGUUCAAACACAUUGCCUUCAUGGGUGGGAGAUAACUGCUGCACAUGGGAAGGAGUUUCUUGCGACAACACAACCGGUCAUGUCGUUGAGCUCGACCUUUUUAUGCGCGGACUCGAGGGAAAGGUUUCCCUUCAUCUUGGCAACCUUUCAAACUUGCAGCAUCUUGAACUUGGUUCCAAUGGAUUGGCAAUCGACACCCUCUAUUUUCCAUCUUCUUUGAAAUACUUAGACUUGGAGGGCGUGCCCCUCAACAAGUGUGCCAAUUGGUUGCAGUCAAUAAACAUGCUUCCUUCUCUACUGGAAUUAUAUUUAUCUUUUUGUGAGCUUUCCAUCACAGGUCAUGUUUCCCAUGUCAAUCUUACAUCUCUUGAGGUUCUCAAUCUUAGAGGGAACAACUUCAAUUCCACAAUCCCCAGCUGGUUAUUUAAUAUUACCAACCUUCAGCAUCUUGAUCUGAGUUACAGUGCUUUCCGAGGCUCUCUUUCAACUCAGAUUGGUAAUCUUAAUUCUCUUUCUUUCCUUGAUCUGUCUUAUAAUUCUCUGGAAAGUAAUAUACCCAAAACGUUGAACAAGCUUUGCAAUUUGAGUGAGAAAAUUGUCACACCCAAAUCCCAAACUGUAGAGACUGAUAUGACCCAGAAAACUGACAAAACUUCCCCUGAUAGUUAUACAUAUAAAAACAUGUAA